AUGGCCAAAUGUAUGGUGCAGGCAUCGCAGAUUAGAGAAUAUACUAAUCUGUUAGAAACGACACAUCGCGUCGCCAACAUUGAGACUGAUCGGGGCACAAAGGAGAAGGUCAGGUUCUACGACACGGCCGGGCUCGAGUCUCUGCAGAGCAAUAUAAACAAUCAGCAGCUUCCGCGACACUAUCUCGGCUUCGCCGACGACUACGUCCUGGUGUACGACACCGGCAAACCCGAAUCUCUCGACGUGCUCUUCCCUCUUAAGAAGGACAUCGACAAGAAUAAGGAUAAGAAGGAGAUAACUGUGAUUCUGAUCGGUAGUCGGACAACGAAAACCGACGCCGCGUUGAAUAACUUGGAGAACACUGUGAGCAAGGCGACCAACUGGUGCACCAGGGAGAAAGUUAAGCAUUACGAGGUGAACAUCUUGGAUGGAGCCACUCUAUUUGAGGCGUUUGUGCAUUUGUUGUCCAAGCUUAAUCCACCCGCUAAUAAAAGUACUUUUCCGCAAUUAAGGGGGUAGUACACUCUGGAAAUUUCGAAAAAAUCGAUUUUUUUAUUGCAUAUUUUGAAAGUGUUAUUCUUUACGCGUAUUUUGAGCCCUUGCCGAUUGCAAAAUUCCAAAAAUUGACGAAGUUAUAGCCAUUGGAGCGAAGUAGUGUCGGCCGCUAAACCGGUC